UGUUUCGCCUUUCCCUCAUCUUUACCCUCGCAGAGUGCUUUUCUGUUCUUUUCACCACCCAUUCUCCAUUCUACGACUAUCACCGGCCGCUCUCGACAUCUCGCCGUGUCGAUCGAGAGCGGCAUAUUUCUAACUAUAGACAUUCGUUACACGCGCUUCUGGAUGACUCGGCGUGGUCUGGAUAGCAUGUGCACUUAAAUGUCGCUCAAUGCUGUCUUGGACUCGCUACGCGAACGCUUAUCUCUCCAACAACGAUACAUCUGGAGCCGGCUCAGCAGCAGGAACACACUUCCUCGACCCAUCUCUACCCACCUCACAUGGCGACGUUGGGCCAGAAGAUCCGCAAGGCAAUCUCGAAAGCCGCCCUCAAACCCGCGGCAGCCCAGCCGAAGAAACAGCCCUCCUUCAGCAGCUUCCGCACAUCCACCACCACCAGCACAGCCGGCACAGCCCACAGCCGCGAUCUCAAAGCCGAGCGCUCCAUCUCUGCUUCGCUUCGCAGCCUCUUCCAUUUUACGGGACAUUCGACUCCAUCAACGAUCUCGAGCAGCACGGCAACGCUAUCAGGAAACCCUCUCACGCCUGCUCCGUCGACGGACCCGCUCCACUCGGACGGCAGCACAACACAGGUACAGGGGCCGCAGCCAGCGACAAACGAAGCGGUUGCGAGCCUCAGUCCGCUCCCCGCGAGCAAAAUCGUCUACCCGGAAUCGCGCGGCCAGUUCCAGUCGCCACCGCCUCCCGUCGCCCACCUCCCGGCUCCGGUCUUCGUAGCGGAGAGUGUGAGAAGCGUGCGCCAGGAGGACCACUCGUACGGGACGGAAAGAGAACUCCCUACCCCAGCAGAAGAGUGGAAAGCGGAGAAACCUUCACACCUGCGACGCAAAGCUGCUCUACUCUGGAUGGGGCUGAAGAUGAAAUUCAAACUCGAGCGGGCGGAAAGAAAGGCGGGGACCUCACUUUGACGAGCGUAAGAGAGAAGAUCGCCGCGCUGGAGGCCAGGGCUGGGCAACAUCCGGCCGAUGUGCCGAUUGUCUUCCCGCUGCGGUAUAAGCGGUUUGUCAGGCGGACGAGCAGUACGGCGACAGCAGCGCGGCCUCAGACACCGCUGUACUCUUCUAAGCCGGCAAACGAUGCUAUCAUUCACGCACCAGAACCUACGAGAUCUCUUGUAUAUCCGGCGACGCUGUCGCAUGCUAGAGCGCCCGCACCUGCGCUUAGUCCGAGCACGAGUCCUAUUCCUACAGCUGCUACUCCGGUGGCGACAAGCACAAGCUCAUCCAAACGCAAGAAAUUCACUCUAGCGCCGCCUACGGGCGAUGGAAGCGAUCGCUUGACCGCCGCCUCCUUUCUGCACGGCACGCGCAACAAUUGUGUUCGCCACGGUCGAAGGGCCCAUCAGCAAGUAGCCGGUGGAGCACGAGACAUGCUGGACAAGAGUCGCAGCGGUGCGUACAUCCCUACAGGUCUGCCUGCGAGACGGCAGAUGGAAGCCACGAGUCCUUGGGUCGUGGCAGAUCGCUCUCUGACCAGCACUGCAGGCUCGGAUGCUUGUCCGGAUUGUGUUACGGAGUUGAGGAUUAAGCGGCGAGAGAUCAAUGGGCCAAACUUGGAGGAUGGGCGGCGGCUUGGUGAACGGGGUACGCAGAUGUAUGGCAGCGGUGUCCCAUCUUCACCGAGCCCUAAUGUGCAGUCGUCGGAAACGACGUCAACCCGUACAGCUGGUUUCUCUGGCGGAAGCAAUGAAGAUGGUCUCAUUGUCACAAGACGUCUCAAAGACGACUUGGAUGCGAUUGUGGUGGAGCAAGGUGGUGAGCUGAGACACAUCAUCAUCAGCUCCGCGCUGCACUAUCCGAUCAGCACGACCUUGCACCGACUUUCUCGCGAGCUGGCGAAUGUGUCCGCCUCAAUGGCAUCGAUCAAUGCUCACUCUCUGUCCGGUCCAGAGGCAGGGAAGAGCAAAGGCAAGAAAUGCGCAAUUGCGAUGGCGACUUCGUCUUCGAGUACUCAAUCGUCAGUCCCGGAGCUGCUGGACAUGAUCGACCAAGCGACCAGCGAGAUUCAUUCACAUGCUGAGAAGACGACAGAGGAGCAUAUCGUGAAGCCAUAUGGUGAAUUUGAGGCUCCGCUGUCACCGGAAGAACUGAAAGACCAUUUCAUGAGCAAGAGACCUUCACCUACGCAAGGCUUGGUCGGCCGGCAGUGUAUCGAUGAGCAGCACCGCCGGAUGCACGAUCUACUGAAUACGAGCGCGCCGCGGAAGCCAUCGAUCCCGGCUGGAGGAGGUGCGACGGCAUCCUCGUCACAAGCUGCGCCGGUGUCCAACGUGGCAAGUACUCCUGGGGCGCCGCAAGACAAGCCGGAUCCGAAAGUUCCCAUCAUCAAGCGAACACGACCGACUCUACCUUCGCUCCCUGCAGUAGUAGAUCCCAAGGCAGCAGCACAGCAAGAACCAACACCCUCACAUCCAUCUCUCCACCACGCAAUCGCGCUCACCGACCCGCCAACCUCCACCGCCCCAGCCUUUCCAACCCCUAAACCAGCAGACGAACAUGAGCAUCCAACAUCCGGCAGCUUCUUCCACAACUUCCUCAACCCCUUCCACCCCCGACCCAAAACUCCAACAACACCCAGCGCGCAAUCCCAAGCCCAGCAGUCCCUCUUCACCACCACUCCCAGCUCACCCCUCUCGCCACUUUCGCCUGCCCCACCGCCUCUAGCAGGAAGUCAGAAUCCGGACAUCAGGACGCAGCCGAGUCCCUACCAUCAUGCUCCCGCUUCGCCGCCGGAUCUGGGCUACGCAAAGUGGGUGGAUACGAAGGUCGUGGAGGGGCAGUCGGUGAUUCGGAAGGCUAUGAGGAUGGAGAAGGAGCGGAUUGAGCAUGGAUAUGAGCAUGAGAUGGGAGGAAUAUGAGAGGAGGGUCAGUGGUUGUGUUUUGGACUCUUACCUAUAUUCUGUGGGCGUUGUAUGUCUAAUUGCCCUUCCCUAGUAAAAGAAGAUAAGGUAUUCUGAU